AUGGUUCGGCAGCAUUACUGGAUACCACAGGGCCGCGCGCUGGUGAAGCGGGUCCUCCGCCAGUGCGUGACGUGCGUCCGUUGGCGGGCGGCGACUCCUCAGCAACUGAUGGGCGACCUCCCGCCGGAACGAGUUACUCCCAGCCGACCCUUCCUCAAUAUGGGGGUCGAUUACGCCGGACCCGUGCAGCUCAGGACCACCCGAGGACACCGAGCAUACAAGGCAUUCAUCGCCGUCUUUGUAUGCCUCAGCACUAGGGCCGUCCAUCUAGAAGUCGCGUUCGAUUACACGGCCGAAGCAUUUCUAGCAGCGUUGCAGCGAUUUACGUCCCGCCGAGGGCUAUGCCACACCCUGUGGAGCGACUGCGGGACCAACUUCGUGGGAGCGGAUGCUCAGCUGAGGCAACUCUUCUCAGCUAGUAGUCCGAACCAGCGGAGAGUCGGCGAGCAGCUCGCCAGCGAGGGAAUCCGAUGGCGCUUCAGCCCACCGUCCGCUCCGCACUUCGGGGGAAUCUGGGAAGCCGCCGUCAAGUCCCUGAAGCACCAUUUGCGCCGGACUAUAGGAGAUGCCACGCUAACGUUCGAGGAGAUGACCACCCUCCUCACGCAGGUAGAAGCGUGCCUCAAUUCUCGUCCCCUCCAGGCUCUAACAGACGACGCCGAGGAUCUUUCCGCCUUGACGCCCGGGCACUUCCUCAUAGGCUCCGCCCUCACUGCUGUGCCCGAACCUACACAAUCGGAUUCCCCGCCGAGCCAUCUGAGCCAUCUGGCAGAUGUUGCAGCGGAUGCGGGACCACUUCUGGGAACGUUGGUCACGAGAGUACCUCCACAACCUUCAUCACAGGCCGAAAUGGCAGGAGGCAAGCUUCGAGAUCGGGCGAUUGUGCCUCGUACGGAACGAGAACCCGGUGGCCGCUAG